UAGUAAGUUGAGAAACGAGAGCAGGCCUUAUUUUCCAGCCUCAAUUGCCAAAUCCUUCUCCCCUUCUCUCUCUUCAUCACUCUCUCUAGCUAGAGAGAGAAGAGAGCCGGCCGGAGCAGAGCAGCCAUGGAAAUGGUAAUGAGCUUCAACAGCUCCUCCUCAUCCUCUUCCCCGUUGCUAUACCCCAAGGUCAAACUCGGAAGAACCUUCACUCCACUAAUUAAGCACCUUGAUUGUCUGAGUUCCUCCUCCAGGACCUCAGUUUCAUUGCCCAAACAAGCUCUGAAGUUUUGCUCGAAAACUCCAAUUCGAUGUCCGGUCAAAUGCUCUGUCUCUCAAACCACAGAAGCUCGCACCGCGAAGAGCCAACUGAUGAGGAGGCAAGAUAUAAGGAACAUAGCAAUAGUGGCUCAUGUAGACCAUGGAAAGACAACUUUGGUUGAUGCUAUGUUGAAGCAAGCAAAGGUAUUUCGUGACAACCAAGUUGUGAAAGAAAGAAUAAUGGACUCAAAUGACUUGGAGCGUGAAAGAGGAAUUACAAUAUUGAGCAAAAAUACAUCUAUCACAUAUAAGGAUACUAAGAUUAAUAUAAUUGAUACUCCAGGGCACUCUGAUUUUGGCGGUGAAGUUGAACGCAUUCUCAAUAUGGUGGAAGGGAUCCUUCUAGUGGUAGAUUCUGUUGAGGGUCCAAUGCCACAAACAAGAUUUGUGCUUAAGAAGGCUCUUGAAUUUGGGCAUGCUGUUGUGGUCGUGGUCAACAAGAUUGAUAGACCUUCAGCUCGACCAGAUUAUGUCAUCAAUUCAACUUUCGAGCUCUUCAUUGAACUGAAUGCUUCAGAUGAGCAGUGUGACUUCCAAGCGAUUUAUGCUAGUGGCAUUCAAGGUAAGGCUGGAUUAUCCCCUGAAAAAUUGGCAGAAGAUCUUGGACCACUUUUUGAGUCUAUAAUCAGAUGCAUCCCCGGACCACGAAUUGACAAAGAUGGUGCAUUGCAAAUGCUUGCUACAAAUAUUGAAUAUGAUGAGCACAAAGGAAGGAUAGCCAUUGGCCGACUGCAUGCUGGAGAACUGCAAAAAGGAAUGGAUGUGAAGGUAUGCACAACUGAAGAUGCUUGUAGAUUUGCAAGAAUUAGUGAGCUUUUUGUAUAUGAGAAAUUCAGUAGGGUCCCUGUGGAGAAGGUGCAAGCUGGUGAUAUAUGUGCGGUUUGUGGAGUUGAUGAUAUUCAGAUUGGUGAGACAAUUGCUGACAAACAAUAUGGUAAACCAUUACCUGCUAUUAAGGUGGAGGAACCAACAGUAAAGAUGGCUUUCGCAAUUAACACUUCUCCAUUUGUUGGUCGUGAGGGCAAGUAUGUAACUAGUAGAAACUUAAGGGAUCGUCUCUAUCGGGAGCUUGAGCGUAAUUUAGCAAUGAAAGUUGAAGAUGGUGAAACAGCAGAUACGUUCAUUGUUAGUGGUCGCGGUACUUUGCACAUCACAAUACUUAUAGAGAACAUGCGGAGGGAAGGAUAUGAAUUUAUGGUGGGACCUCCUAGAGUUAUCACCAAAAGGGUGAAUGACCAAUUGGUGGAACCGUAUGAGAUUGCCACUGUGGAGGUACCAGAAGAACACAUGGGAGCAGUAGUAGAAUUGUUGGGCAAGAGGCGUGGACAGAUGUUUGAUAUGCAGGGAGUUGGGUCAGAAGGGACAACUUUUUUGAGAUAUAAGAUUCCGACUCGGGGUCUUCUUGGAUUGAGAAAUGCAAUUUUAACAGCUUCACGUGGUACUGCAAUUCUCAACACAAUAUUUGAUUGCUACGGACCCUGGGCUGGUGACAUUCACACUCGUGAUCAGGGUUCACUGGUUGCUUUUGAGGAAGGCACAACAACUUCUUAUGCCCUUGCUAGUUCACAGGAGAGAGGGCAAAUGUUUGUGAGUCCUGGCGUAGAUGUUUACAAAGGUCAAAUUGUUGGAAUUCAUCAACGCCCUGGGGACUUAUCCCUUAACGUGUGCAAGAAAAAAGCUGCAACAAAUGUACGUUCCAACAAAGAACAAACAGUGGUUCUUGAUACCCCAUUGGAUUAUAGUUUAGAUGACUGUAUCGAGUACAUCCAAGAAGAUGAAUUGGUUGAAGUCACUCCCUCGAGCAUCCGAAUGUGCAAAAAUGCAAAAAUGAUGAAGAAAACAAGGUAGAUAUCCGUUAUUGAGAAACUUCAUCGUGCAAAAACUACGGUUAUGACGCCAUUACCAAAGCCAUACUUCGAAAUCGUAAGCUUUCACAGAGCUUCUUAGUCAAUACUAAAUUGCUUAAGCGUCAAAGCUUCCAUCCACAAUAGUCUAUUAUUUGUACAUAAGAGAAGACAAGACACUAGAGUUGUAUACCAUCCAAAGUGGUUAUUCAUUGGUAGAAACUAGAAAGUGAACCAGGCUUCUUUUUCCCUUAUAAUUGAUGUAAUUUUGACCUUUUCUUCUAUUAUUAUUAUUAUUAUUAUUAUUA